UUAACAACUGUAUAAAAGAAUAAAGCAUGAACUGAUUUUUACAGCAACUAACAUUCGACGUUGAACUCUUCUGCAAGCCAACAUGUUAAGAAGCAUAUUUUUGUUUUCCUUCGUACUUGGAGCUUUUGCUGCCAAUUCUGCAAACCAAUUCGUUGAUAAUGUGCUACAGACAUCACUUGGGAGAGAACUUGUUUCCGCUGGCUUAAGCCCAGCUCGACUGACCAAUUUCAAAGCUUAUUUUGGUCCAUCUGGAAUUUACCAAAAUCAAGGGGAAGCAGAUUUUUCUUUUGGAAAUGCUACAGGCUUGGAUAGAAUCAGGAGGAAAGGCGAUUGUUCGGGACCGAGAAAUAUCAGAGGAGAAAUUUCCAUCAACUGCACUCUUAGCCUAUAUCCAAUAGUUACCGCUUAUAAAACAAUUGUCAGAAAUGGCAGUCACAUAUACAUUGUGAGAAACCAAGGACAUGUAGCUGAAACUCUUAUCUCUUUGGAAAUCAUUGGAAGGCCUCAAAGUUACAUUGGUUCUGUGAAGAGGUUUAACGUUGAUCGUCUCGGACUUAUUACCCCGACAUUCUCUCAGCUUCCAUCUCAGUUAAAUAAAUAUGUGAAAGUCCUUCAGGAUGUGUAUAAGGCAAAUGUAUCAUCAGAACUAUUCAACAUACUCCAGCAAAGAUAUGUCAGUGCUGUCAGUCGGGCAUUUGCUGGAAAGCCUAUGCCACGACAAUAAAUGGACAUAAAAAAAUAACCCUCCCGAUUUACAAUAAAUCAAAAAUAUUGAA